AUGGGUUGUUCUCUAUUCACUAAAUAUUUUGCCUUUCUCAUUCUGUUCUUAUUAUUCUAUUACUCUUUUGCACAAUAUAAUGUACAGGAAUUGCACGAUUUGUUUGCACUCAAAGCCAUGUUCAAUGACCCUUUCUUAAACCAAAACUGGACUGGCAUUCAUUGCUUCAACAAUUAUCCUCCUCAAUGGUAUGGCAUUCAAUGUGUUAACGGUAAUGUUACCGGAAUUAUUUUACAAGGGAUGAGUCUCAAGGGGAUUGUAAAUUCUGAUGCAUUCAUGAAGGUUCCUGAAUUGACAAUCUUAAGCUUCAACAACAACUCAAUAUCAGGAAAUGUAAUGGAUUUCUCUUCAAACCACAAGUUGAAGGAUAUUGAUCUUUCAGGCAACAACCUUUCCGGAACUAUUUCAACUUCGCUAUUGAGUCUUGAUUCCCUUGAGUCAUUGCAGCUUCAGGAUAACAAAUUGACAGGCGCCAUCCCGGCGUUUAAUCAGUCUAGCCUGAAAGUUUUUAACGUCUCCAACAAUAAUCUCAGUGGCGAAAUCCCCAAAACUCCAACUCUUCAAUCAUUUAACAGUACUUCCUUUUCAAAAAAUCUUGAGUUAUGCGGUUCACCAUCCUUUAAUCCCUGCAGCUUUAGCCAAAAUGAUACCGGAACUCCUGGUGAUGAUAAAGAUUCCCACAAGUCAGACUUUCCGAAAACUAUGCUUAUUCUUAUUGUGGUGGCUGGUCUGAUUGGAGUAAUUUCAUUUACUAUAUUUUACUUCUAUAAUAAAGGGAGGAAUCGUAAAAGGGUGGUGAAGAAGGAAGAGGAUGAUGAAGUGGAAGAGUAUGAGGCUGAAGAAGAGGAGACGGAAGUCCAAAGGAACGCGGAGACGGGUAAGAACAAAGUCAUUGUUGGAGGGGAUCAAGAGAAGAAAGGAAAUUUGAUAUUCAUGGUGGAUGAAGCAGGAUUUGAACUGAAUGAUCUUCUGAAAGCAUCAGCUGAGGGACUGGGGAAGGGGAUUUUUGGUAAUAGUUACAAGGCUAAACUUGAAGGCAGAACAGCUGUUGUUGUGAAACGCCUAAGGGACUUGAAACCAAUGAGCAAUGAAGAUUUCACAAAGCAACUUCACAUAAUUGCCAGCCAUAAGCACCCAAAUUUGCUUCCUCUUCUUGCUUAUUACUAUUCCAAGGAAGAGAAAUUGUUGGUUUUCAAAUAUGCAGAAAAUGGAAACCUCUUCAACCUCAUUCAUGGAGGGACUUCAAGUCAGGACCGAAUUCCAUUUAAAUGGAGCUCAAGAUUAUCGGUUGCCAGAGGCGUGGCGAGAGCCUUGGAGUAUCUUCACCUUGAUACGAGGUCACAAAGCAUUGUUCCUCAUGGUAAUCUAAAGCCUUCCAACAUUCUUCUUGAUGAAGAAGAAAGAGUUCUUGUUUCAGACUACGGUUUUUCUUCAUUAGUGGCACAUCCCAUUGCGGUUCAACGAAUGGUUUCAUACAAAUCACCAGAAUAUCAAAGUAGCAAAAAGAUUUCCAGAAAAUCUGAUGUUUGGAGUUAUGGUUGCCUUCUUUUAGAACUGUUGACCGGAAGAAUUUCAGUUCACUCAGCUCCACCAGGAAUCAAAGGUGUUGAUCUUACUAGAUGGGUUAUUCGAGCAGUUAGGGAAGAGUGGACGGCCGAGAUAUUUGACCCAGAGAUAUCGGUACGGAGAGGCGCUGGCCACGGGAUGCUAAAACUCCUACAAAUUGCAAUACGAUGCUGUGAUAAGUCUCCGGAGAAGCGACCAGAGAUGACAGAGGUUGUGAGAGAGGUGGAAAACAUAAGGUUUGUGGAAUCAGAAGAUGAAGAAGAUUUAUCAGUGGAUCAAUCCUCCACAGAUGAAUCUAUAUCUACCAACGCCUCAAAAUAGUUUAUCAGAAGAUGACCCAUAACAAGAGCGGCUCAUUAUUGUUUUUGUAUCAUGAGAAAAUAAACUAUCAGUUCAGUGAUCACAUAUGCAUGAGUCUUGAAAUUUGUCGCAUGAUAAAUUCUUCAUGAAUCAUAAGGUUGUUAACAUAUAAUCUGUAAGAA